UGGGCUCAGCAGCACCCGAAGGCUAGUGCUGGGGGCCCUUGGGGGAGGGGCCCCUCUGGCGCUGUUCUGAAACUUCUGAGGAUGCCAGCACUGCGCAUCUGACUGCAUCUGGCCCCGGAGCCACGGACAGAUGGGAUAACCAGCCCACCAGGAAAAGCGGGCUGCAGGACUAGGGGGUGGUGCUCCGGGGAGCCGGCUGGGUGGUGUCCACUUUUAAAAUGUACCUCGUGCCCGUUGCCGGGGGUGAAUGCCCCCUGGCUGCCCCAUCAUGUCGGUGGAGGACGUGGAACAGAGACCUGGGCACCCGGGUGGUGAGCAGAGGGCCCGGGGCCUCCCACCCACCCGGAGCUGGCAGGGAGCAGCCCCCGGCAGGCUGAGAGCCGUGGGCGGGGGCGUGCCUGACAGCACUGUGUUGGCUGGAGGUGUUUAUUAACCUUGAGCCCAAGCUCUAAGGUCGGGCCUCGGUCCCUGAGCCUGUGCGUGCAUACACACGCACGCACGUCUGUCAGCCCUGUCCCUCCUGGGCCCGGCUAUUUCCACAUCUGGGUGUGAUCUCUGCCGACUCCCUCUGGCUCUGGGCGUGUGAGUGUGACAAGUCCAAACCUUCUCUGAGAGUUGGGCAGGCUCGGGCGCCCCGCCCUCUGGGCUGUGCCCUUUCCUCCCAAACUGGUUGUGCAGGAGCUGCCGUGAGUGGGGUGUGGGCAAGCGUGGGUGCAUGCGCACAGCCCCGGCUGCUCGCCCGCCUCACCUGCAGGGAGGGGCCGCACAAAAUCCGCCCGCCCAGUGCCCGGCCUCCUCACCUCGCCAGAGCCCAGCUGAGCAGCCAGCGAGGACUCGCACCUGCUGCCUGCCACCCGCCUGCCAUCGCCGGCCAAGCCCAGCCCGAGCCCGCACCUGCCUUCACGACCAUGUUCAAGGGGCUGAGCAAAGGCUCCCAGGGGAAGGGGUCCCCCAACAAGCACAGCCGGCCAAAGCCGACCAGGUGGAGAGGGACAUCCUGGAGACCCAGAAGAAGCUGCAGCAGGACCGGCAGCAUAGCGAACAGGGCCAGGCCCUGCAGCACCGGGAGGAGGCGGGCCGUAGCCUGAAGGAGGCCGAGGAGCUGCUGAAGGACCUCUUCCUGGAUGUGGACAAGGCCCGGCGGCUCAAGCACCUGCAGGCCGAGGAGAUCGAGAAGGACAUCAAGCAGCUGCACAAGCGGGUGACCCAGGAGUGUUCCGAGUACCGCGCCCUGUAUGAGAGGAUGGUGCUGCCGCCUGACGUGGGGCCCAGGGUCGACUGGGCACGGGUGCUGGAGCAGAAGCAGAAGCAGGUCUGUGAGGGCCAGUACGGGCCGGGCAUGGCGGAGCUGGAGCAGCAGGUCGCCGAGCACAACAUCCUGAAGAAGGAGAUCGAGGCCUAUGGGCAGCAGCUGCGGAGCCUCAUAGGGCCGGACGCGGCCACCAUCCAGAGCCAAUACCAGGAUCUCCUGAAGGCAGCCUCGUGGCGAGGGCAGAGCCUAGGCAGCCUGUACACGCACCUGCAGGGCUGCACGCGCCAGCUGAGCGCCCUGGCCCAACAGCAGCAGCGCAUCCUGCAGCAGGACUGGAGCGACCUCAUGGCAGACCCCGUGGGCGUGCGGAGGGAGUACGAGCACUUCAGGCAGCACGAGCUGCUGAGCCAGGAGCAGUGCGUGAACCAGCUGGAGUAUGAGGGGGAGCACAUGGUGGAGCUCGGGCACCCGGCCGUGGGGCCCAUCCGGGCCCACCAGGAGGCCCUGAAGUUGGAGUGGCAGAACUUCCUGAACCUGUGCAUCUGCCAGGAGAGCCAGCUGCAGCACGUGGAGGAUUACAGCCGGUUCCAGGAAGAGGCCGACUCUGUCAGCCAGACCCUGGCAAAGCUCAACUCCAGCCUGGACACCCAGUACAGCCCUGCCCCGGGGGGCCCACCUGGCGCCCCAACAGAGCUGCUGCAGCUGGAGGCAGAGGAGAAGCAGCUGGCUGUGGCCGAAAAGACUGUUGGGGACCUGCAGCUGCGGAGCCGGGAGGUGGCCCCUCUGCCGCAGCGCAGGAACCCACCCCAGCAGGCCCUGCACGUGAACAGCAUCUGUGACUGGGACACGGGAGAAGUGCAGCUGCUGCAGGGUGAGCAAUAUACGCUGAUAGACAACACUGACUCGCACACCUGGGUGGUCCAGGGCCCGGCAGGCGAGACCAAACGUGCCCCAGCCGCCUGCUUCUGCAUCCCAGCUCCGGACCCUGAAGCCGUGGCCAGGGCCUCCAGGCUGGCCUCGGAGCUACAGGCCCUGAAGCAGAAACUGGCCACAGUCCAGAGCCGCCUGAAGGCCGGUGCUGCGGAGCCCUUACGGCCUAGCCAGAAGGCUCCAACCAGCUCAGCCCCAGCUGACCCACAGGCCCAGAAGCUCCUGACACAGAUGACCCGGCUGGAGGAGGACCUGGGGCAGAUAGAGAAGCAGGUGCUGACCUGGAUCCGGGCCCCGCUGAGCCGCACCACACCACUGGAGGACCUGGAGGGCCGCAUCCAAAGCCACAAGGGCAUGGCCCAGCGGCUGCAGAGCCUGGGAGCAGAGAAGGCGGCAGCCCAGCAGGAGUGUGAGGCGUUUCUGUCGGGGCAGCCUGCGGGCCCCGCCGCCCUGCACCUACCCGUGGCCCUCAGCAACAUCAAGAACAAGUACAGUGAUGUGCAGGUUCUCUGCAGACUCUACGGGGAGAAAGCCAAGGCUGCCCUGGGUCUGGAGCGGCAGAUCCGGGAUGCGGACAGGGUCGUCCGAGGCUUCGAGUCCACCCUGGUGCAGGAGGGCCCCAUCCCUGUAGGCCCAGGCGCGCUGCAGGAGAGGGUCAGCGAGCUGCAGCGCCAGCGGAGGGAGCUGCUGGAGCAGCAGGCCUGCGUGCUGGGGCUGCACCGCCCGCUGAAGGCCGCCGAGCACACGUGCGGCGCGCUGCACAGCAAUUUCCACGAGUUCUGCCAAGACCUGCCGCGCCAGCAGCGCCAGGUGCGGGCCCUCACGGACCGCUACCACUCCGUGGGUGACCAGCUGGACCUGCGGGAGAAGAUGGUGCAGGACGCUGACCUCACCUACCAGCAGUUCAAGAGCUGCAGGGACAACCUGAACUCCUGGCUCGAGCACCUGCCCCGCAACGAGGUGCGGCCCAGAGACGGGCCCAACCAGAUUGCCUACAAGCUGCAGGUGCAGAAGAGGCUGCUGCAGGAGAUCCAGGGCCGAGAGCAGGACAGGGCCAAGGCAUCCCGCCUCUCCCAGCACCUGCAGGCGGCCCUCCAGGACUAUGAGCUGCAGGCAGACACCUACCGCUGCUCCCUGGAGCCCACCCAGGCGGAGGCGGCGCCCGAGAGACCCCGAGUGGCUCCCCUGCAGGAGGCCAUCCAGGCCCAGGAGAAGGACCUGAUGAAGGCCUACGCUGAGACUGCAGCUGCGCACCAGCAGCAACUGCACCAGCUGGAGUUUGCCGGAAAGAUUCUGGAGAAGAAGGAGCUCAGUGAGGACAUCCAGGUGACCCAUGACACACGGCAGGGGUCCGAGAGCCCAGCCCGAGCCCGGAGGGAGUCAGAGGCCCUGAAGUCCCAGCUGGAGGAGGAGAGGAAGCGGGUGGCCCAGGUGCAGCGCGAGCUAGAGGAGCAAAGGAGCCAGCUGCUGCAGCUGAAGACCCAGCGGCCCUUGGAGAAACUGGAGGAGAAGGAAGUGGUGGAGUUCUCCCGGGACCCCCAGCUGGAGAGCACCCUGUCCAGGGCAAAGUCCCAGGUGGAGGACGAGGGCAAGAAGCGGGCUGGCCUGCAGGCAGAUCUGGAGGCGGCGGCCCAGAAGGUCGUGCAGCUAGAGAACCAGAGGAAGGCCACGCAGCCUCACCUGCUGACCAAGGAGGUCACCCAGAUCGAGAGGGACCCUGGCCUGGACGGCCAGGCGGCCCAGCUCAGCAGCGAGAUCCAGCUCCUGCGGGGGGAGAACACCGCCGUCUUGGCCCAACUGGAGGCGCUGAAGACGGAGCUGCUGGCCCUUGAGCAGAAAGAGGCGAACGUGAAGGAGAAGGUCGUGGUGAAAGAAGUGGUCAAGGUGGAGAAGGACCUGGAAAUGGUCAAGGCAGCCCAGGCCCUGAGGCUGCAGAUGCAGGAGGACGCGGCGCAGAGGAAGGGGGUGGAGGCAGCCGUGGCCGGGCUGCAGGCUCGCAUCGCGGAGCUGGAGCAGGCGAUCCGCGCCGUGCAGCCGAAGGUGAUCGUGAAGGAGGUGAAGAGGGUGGAGCAGAACCCAGGCCUCCUCCGAGAGGCGUCCAGGCUGAGGAGCCUCCUGGAGGCGGAGAGGCAGGAGAACGAGGCGCUGGCCGGGGAGCUGAAGGAGCUGCGCGGCAAGCACAGCGCGGAGGAGAAGCAGAAGCCCAGGGUGGACCUGCAGGAGCGUGUCCACGAGAUCUUCCAGGUGGAUCCGGAGACGGAGCGGGAGAUGGCGCGGCUCAGGGCCGAGCUGCAGGAGACCGCCCGCAAGAGGAGCGGCGUGGAGGAGGCGGCGGCGCAGCUGCUGCCCGAGCUGGCGGCCCUGCGGGCGCAGAAGCCCGUGGUGGAGUACAAGCAGGUGACGCAGGAGGUGGUGAGGCAUGAGAGGAACCCGGAGGUGCUGCGGCAGAUGGACCACCUGAAGGCCCAGCUCAACGAGCUGGUCAACGGCAGCGGGCGGGCCCAGGAGCAGCUCAUCCGGCUGCAGGGGGAGCGCGACGAGUGGAGACGGGAGCGCUCCAAGGUGGAGACCAAGACGGUGAACAAGGAGGUGGUGCGCCACGAGAAGGACCCGGUCCUGGAGCAGGAGGCCGAGCGGCUGCACCGGGAGGUGCGGGAAGCGGCCCAGAAGCGACGGGCGGCCGAGGACGUGGUCUACGAGCUGCAGAACAAGUACCUGCUGCUGGAGAGGAGGCGGCCCGAGGAGAAGGUGGUGGUGCAGGAGGUGGUGGUCACCCGGAGGGACCCGAAGCUCCGCGAGGAGCACGGCCGGCUGAGCCGGAGCCUGGACGAGGAGGCAGGCCGGCGGCGGCAGCUGGAGCGGGAGGUGCAGCAGCUGCGGGCCGCCGUGCAGGAGGACGAGGGCCUGCUCAGCUUCCCGGAGGAACGCGGCAAGAAGCUGGCUGUGGAGCGGGAGCUGCGGCAGCUGACCCUGAGGGUCCAGGAGCUGGAGAAGCGGCCUCCUGCAGUGCAGGAGGUCAUCGUGGAGGAGGUGGUCCAGCUGGAGAAGGACCCGGAUCUGGAGAAGUCGGCGGAAGGCCAGCGGCGGGACCUGGACCAGGAGAAGACCCAGGUGACCGAGUUGCGUCGGGAGUGCGAGAACCUGCAGGUGCAGAUCGACGUGCUCCAGAAAACCAAACUGCAGGAGAAGACCAUCUACAAGGAAGUGAUCAGGGUGGAGAAGGACCCGGUCCUGGAGGGAGAGCGUUCCCGGGUGUGGGAGAUGCUCAACAGGGAGCGCGCAACCCGACAGAGCCGGGAGGAGGCGGCGAGGCGCCUGCGGGAGCAGAUAGACCGGGCGGAGGCGCAGAGGAGGACCUGGUCGCGGGAGGAAGCCGAGCUCCAGAAGGCCCGGGACCAGAGGAGCCAGGAGUGCAGGCAGCUGCAGGAGGAGCUGCAGGAGCUGGAGAGGCAGAAGCAGCAGAAGGUGCUGAGCCUGCAGGAGGAGUCGAAGCUGCUCAGCCGGAAGACAGAGCGCGAGCGGCAGGAGGCAGCCCAGCGGGGCCAGGAGCUCUCGCAGCUCGAGACGGCCAUCCUCCACGAGAAGGACCAGAUCUACGAGAAGGAGAGGACCCUCUGGGACCUCCACACCAAGGUGAGCCGGGAGGAGCUCAACCAGGAGACCCAGACGCGAGAGACCAACCUCUCCACCAAGAUCUCCAUCUUGGAGCCCGAGAUGGGGAAGGGCCUGUCCCCGUACAAGGCCUACAAGAGGGGCAUCAUCGACCGAGGCCAGUACCUCCAGCUGCAGGAGCUCGAGUGUGACUGGGAGGAGGUCACCACCUCGGGUCCCCAUGGGGAGGAAUCUGUGCUCCUGGACCGUGAGAGCGGGAAGCAGUACUCCAUCGAGGCCGCCCUGCGCUGCCGGCGCAUCUCCAAGGAGGAGUACCACCUCUACAGGGACGGCCACCUCCCCAUCAGCGAGUUCGCCCUGCUCGUGGCCGGGGAGACCAAGCCCUGCUCCUCCCUCUCCAUCGGCACCAUCAUCUCCAGGUCCCCGCUGGCCUCCCCGGCCGCCCAGAGCACCAGAUUCUUCUCUCCUGGCUCCUCUCUCGGCUUCUCUCUCAGGCUCAGCGAGGACAGCUUCCCCAUCGCCGGCGUCUACGACACAACCACGGACAACAAGGUCACCAUCAAGACGGCCGUGGCCAAGAACAUGCUGGACCCCAUUACCGGGCAGAAGCUGCUGGAGGCGCAGGCAGCCACAGGGGGCAUUGUGGACCUCCUCAGCCGGGAGCGCUACUCCGUACACAAGGCUGUGGAGAGGGGGCUGAUCGAAAACAGCUCAGUGAAGAAGCUGCUCAACGCCCAGAAGUGCUUCACCGGCAUCGAGGACCCCGUCACCAAGAAGAGGCUGUCGGUGGGCGAGGCCAUUCAGAAGGGCUGGAUGUCCCAGGAGAGCGUGCUCCCACACCUGCGAGUGCAGCACCUGACCGGAGGGCUCAUCGACCCCAAGAGGACGGGCCGCAUCCCCACGGCGCAGGCCGUGCUCUCCGGCAUGAUCAGUGAAGAGCUGGCCCAGCUCCUGCAGGACGAGGCCAGCUACGAGAAGGAUUUGACAGACCCCAUCUCCAAGGAGCGGCUGAGCUACAAGGAGGCCAUGGGGCGCUGCCGGAAGGACCCCCUGAGCGGCCUGCUGCUCCUCCCAGCCUCGCUGGAGGGGUACCACUGCUACCGCUCGGCCUCCCGCACGGUCCUGCGCUCCCUGCGCUGAUGGGGGCCAAAGCGGUCACAGGAGCGCGUGUGAGCGGGGAGGUAGGAUGCAUGCACCCCUGGCCCCAGAGCAGCCCAACCCGAGGGGGUGGGUCUUCCCUCUGUCUGACUGACUCCCGGUGUUGGGCUCUCUCCCCUGACCUGGAUGGAGAUGAGCAGCUCUGUUUUCCUCGCUCUUCCCUCAACCCAGUGCUUCCAAUAAACGAA